CCUGGCUGGGACUUGGAAAAGUUGGUCGAUGUGCUCGACGACUUUCACAGGCGUCAUUGCAUUCAUCUUCGUUCCACUUAAACGACGUGAGCUAUCAUAGAGAAGGCGAUUUUACCCUGUUGCAGCGGCUUUCUCUCCUUUGUCGGCAAGAUAGUCCGCCCAUGCUCUUUGCCCGUCGACAAGAGCGUUUCGCUUCCUUUUCCAGAGCCGAGUAUCGUUGACGGGCUAAGACUCUGGCUCCACUGGUUUUGUUCGCUCUCUUGCGGCUUUGGCUUCGACUCGUUCCUUUAUAUUCCUGAGGAUCUCAUCAGUGAUCAGGGUGUGCAGUUCGCCCAGAUUUUUCUCGCUGAUGGCAAUGAAGGCGUUCUUGAUGAUGGUCCAUUGGACUUCUACGCUACCACAAGAGUCUUCAGUUAGUCAACGAACGGCCUUUCCACCUGGCAUCUUCCAGUCGGCAUGUGUUGAGCCUUUGUCUUGCCUACAAAUCCGCUCUAUGCGCAGGCGUAUUAGGGCACUACGUUUAUUCUGUACAUCAAGAGAGCUUCGUUUCGGUGGUCGCAGAUGUGGUAGAUUUAAUUUUCUGUAAACGAGAGGCUUACGUGACUGCGACAGAAUUCUGCGAACAGCACUCUGUUUUCGCUCAUUUCUCCGAGACCAUAGCAUCCGAUGAUGUGCUAAUAGUUCCAGUUGUCAGAUUCGUUCUUCGCAUCGAAGUCACUCAUAGGUUUCACGCUUCCAUCACGGAUCCUAUUUUCAACUGCAAUGAGUUAACUCGGAAGUACCUUUUGUCAUGCAGAUUGGCAGAAUUGGUUGGCGCAUUACAUUUGUAUAUAGUAAAGCUUCGACCCCGUGUUCCAAAUCUGACAGCGAUUGUCGUUUAAUUAAUAUGUUCCCAUUUCAUAAGCGUAGAGUGUGCCUGGGCACUUAGUAGGAAGCUAACUCCACGAUGCCAGAAAGGUGUAGUGCUCUUUGCUUACUUAGUUGUCCUGCGCACCUCGCGUAGUGUGAAGAGCCAGCAUGAAAGAUCUAAAUCCUUGACGAUUUUUCGGUUUCCAGGCUAAAUUUUGGUCAACUUUUAUUUAUUCGUAAUGGCUAAGCUUUUAUAAGCUUCUGGGUCUACAUUUAAGGCUAGGUCCCAAUCUAUUCGCCUCUACGAAUUGCGUGGCCACUUCUGAUACCGCUGAUGGAGCUCGGUGUUUGAGGUCCAAUUUUAGGGCCACCAGACUCAAAUUUUGUACCGCAUUCAGGGAGCCCGCCUAUGUAAAAUCCCAGAAGAUGUAAAAUUUUUAUAAGCCUCUUUUAAUGGAAUGUCUUUACCGAGCAUAAUGCGCGUUAAGUACUAUUCCAUUUAAUUCCACGUUGUGAGGCCGUCUUCAGGGUCUUACACUUGACUCGACUCCGGAAGUCUUCUUAAUGCCAAAGAUCGCACUUCCCAUUUUUACUGGGAAUAAUGUAUAUGACGUUUCAUAUCAAGAUACUCUUUAUCAAGUGAUGAAGCUCGUAGUCUAUAAGCUAUAAGUUCCAUAAAUAAGCUUUGGACAGUAAUUUUGGGAGAUAUGAUUCCUAUCCACCGUGAUGGCAGUUUUAAAAAAGCUUUAAUUUCAAUUAGCUUCACAGGAAUUUUAUCCACCCCUUCCAUUUCCACAUUAGGAUCGAUGACACGCGCUCCAGCAUGAUUAGUUACCACACAUAUAGCAUCCAAUUUGGAUGUUUGUUCUACUUAUUAACAAUCAUACAGCCACAUACAAAUUUAGUUCGUUUGCCUGAGAUCCAAGUACGGGGUGUGAAUUGAGCUACGUCAGCUAAUUGAUGGAGUGCGUUUCAACUGCCUAUCGCAGCUAUGAUUUUUUGGGUACAUCAACGAAAUUUGCUGCAUCACUUUAGGUCGGGGUCCGAUUAUUUUCGAUUGAGUAGGUCCAGUUGUCAUGAAUCUAACAAGAGUGGUAGUACUGGUGCUGCUGGUCGGCAUGGGUAUCUUCGGCCCAAUGGCCGCCGGAGACUCCCUUGCCAGCGUGGACAUCCUGGAUAGACACAAACGUACAUUGCUGAUGACGAAUGGUGCGGCUACCGGUAUUUUGGCGGCCAUAGCCAUUCCAGUGGUCAAGAAAAAACCGACCGGAGUGGACGUAUUCUGUUCGUAUAAUUUCGAAGCCAACUACGGCAUGACAGUACAGGCGUCCGAUUUUUCCGAUCCUUUCAAAAGGUUUCGAGUGAAAGAAACCGAGAACGGACUAUUGAGCACUGGAGAAGCUAAGGGCGGUGAGAGGCGAAAGCGACAAUCGUUGGGCUUUAGAGAAUCGGAUGGAAUAACACGAAGACGGAUUUAUCACGUUCUUGAACAGCAGUUGUGGGUUGCUGGAUAUGACGGAAGGAAGUGCUUGUUGAGAGCUAUUUGCGAAGCAUCCAGGAACGGUUUUCAUGAACAUAAUGGUGUCUUGGGUGAUUUAAUACAAAUUACUCUCAGCCCAUCACAUUCAAUCGACGAGAAUCUUCCAAGAGAAUUCUACAAGGCAGAAGAAUUGGGAUUUUAUGGCGAUUGUUCAAAAUAUAAAAAGUAUUGUCCUAGGGAUGUAUUGGAUCUUAUUUCAUAUGAAAUGGCUUAAAAAAGUUGGCAAGGGAAUGCUCAUCUUUAAAUCAGCAAUAUACGUCAGUAAUAGCUGC